ACUCACCAUCCCUCAUCUUUCGCAAACAUGUCGUCUGUCUUAGCAACAGCGCCGAAAUUGGGCAGACUUGUGCCCCAAAAUACCUGCUUAUUCCUGUGUGAUUUGCAGGAAAAGUUCAGGAGUAGCAUCCAGUACUUCCCGCAGAUCGUAGAAGUGUCCAAUAGAUUGCUGAGAGCUUUUAAAAUCCUGGAACUCCCGAUUGUAGCAACAGAGCAGUACCCGAAAGGUUUAGGAAAUUCGGUGCCAGAGUUGGGCAUUGCUGAGAAUAAUGUCCCAGUGUUUGACAAGACAAAGUUCUCCAUGUGUCUCCCUCCCAUCGAGGAAAUCAUUAAGUCGAAAGAGAUAAAGUCUGUGAUUCUUUGUGGUAUUGAAGCCCAUGUCUGUGUCCAGCAAACAGCGCUUGACCUUAUUGAAAGCGGAAUGGAUGUUCACGUGGUGGUCGACGCUUGCUCCUCUCGCUCAGUGGUGGACAGAAUGUAUGCUUUUGAAAGGAUGAAACAGUCUGGUGCCUUCCUGACAACCAGUGAGUCUGUGAUCCUGGGUCUGGCUGGGGGCUCAUCCCACCCCUCAUUCAAGCAGCUCCAGAAGAUUAUUUGGGAAUCGGCACCAGACACAGGACUGCUCGCCGCUCGCCAGCAGCCCCUCGUUGCAGCCAUCACAGAGAGCAUUAAUGGACCGAAGCUUUAACAAGUGUUGUAGUAUAUUUUACAGCAUUUGUUAUGGCGUGCAUUCCUUCGUUUAACUGAAGGGCAUUACCUAUCCUUGCCUUAUACAGAUAUAUUUAAUAUGCAAAGAUUAAGAUUUAUUUUUUUUCUUUGCAUGUUUUUGAAGUUAGUUCCCACUACUACAUGACAGUUUUUAAGGUCCUGUUACAAAAGAAGGAAUUUGGUUGUAUAACUUCAUAACAUUCUGUUGGAAUAAUGUGACUGAAAGCCUGAAAUCAGUUCUUUAUGAUAAAUUAAAUUUUUGGGUAAAAGAUU